AUGGAUUCCCAAACUCAAGAACAACAAAUAAUACCCAACAUUUAUAUCCAAAUCGUUCCACCACCAACAUCAUCACAAGAUCAAGAUCAAUCAACCCCACCACCAAACACCACUCCCCCUCCUCCACCUCACCAUCCCAAUAUAGAAAUCAAACUCCCAACACCUCAACAGCAGCAACAACCAUCUCCAUCCAUCCUUGAAGAAGUAUUCCCCACUGCUCUUCCAGAAAACGUCCCCGUCCCCGGCGGCGCCGCCUCUAAGCAAACACGCGUGAUGGCAAUGGGUUUUCAAAAAACACUAUCCAAAACUUCAAUCCUCGUCAAUUUCCUUCCAACCGGAACCCUUCUCGCCUUCGAAAUGCUCCUUCCAUCGGUCUCAGGGAACGGCAAGUGCAACGCGGUGAGCACUUUUUUGAUCGGAUCCAUCGUAGCCCUCUGUGCCACUACUUGUUGUUUCUUCCACUUCACCGAUAGCUAUCGUGAAGACCAGAAGGUUUAUUAUGGUUUUGUAACCUUCAAAGGGUUGAUGGUGUUCAAGGAUGGUGAGGGUGUGAAAUUUAUAGCUCAGCCUUCACGUUUAAAGGCUGGAUUUACUGAUUUCAUACAUGCCGUGAUGUCAGCUAUGGUGUUUGUAGCAAUCGCAUUCUCUGAUCAGAGAGUUACCACUUGCCUUUUCCCUGGUCAUGCUAAGGAUAUGGAAGAGAUUAUGCAGACUUUUCCUCUAAUGGUGGGUAUUGUGUGUAGUGGUCUCUUCCUUAUCUUUCCCAACACUCGCUAUGGCAUAGGUUGCAUGCCUACUUGAACCAU